UUCUAGGUGUACACCAGAUAUGGGAAAUGUUACACUUUUAAUGGCAACAAGACCACAUCCAGGAAAACCAAGCAGGGCGGAAUGGGAAACGGACUGGAGAUCAUGUUGGAUAUUCAGCAAGAUGAGUAUCUGCCCAUAUGGAGAGAGACAAAUGAGACGUCCCUGGAGGCCGGCAUUCGAGUUCAGAUCCACAGUCAGGACGAGCCUCCCUACAUCCACCAGCUGGGUUUCGGAGUCUCUCCGGGCUUCCAGACCUUUGUUUCAUGUCAGGAGCAGAGGCUGACCUACCUGCCCCAGCCCUGGGGGAACUGCCGUUCCACCGGCAAAGAGAAGUUCCCAGGGUACGACACAUACAGCAUCAGCGCCUGUCGUCUGCUUUGUGAGACCAACGAGGUGCUGCGAGUGUGUAGCUGCAGGAUGGUGCACAUGCCUGGAACUGCAGAUAUCUGCCCUCCCAGUAAAAUCAACUGUGUUGACAAAGCACUUGCUCAGCUACAGAAGAACAGUGGGGAUACCUGUCCAUGCGAAACGCCCUGUAAUCUCACCCGCUACGGUAAAGAGCUCUCCAUGGUCAAAAUCCCCAGCAAAGGCUCUGCUCGCUACCUCUCCAGGAAAUAUGACAAGUCAGAGGACUACAUCAGAGAUAACUUCCUGGUGUUGGAUAUCUUCUUUGAAGCUCUGAACUAUGAAACCAUCGAACAGAAGAAAGCCUAUGAUGUGGCCGGUUUAUUAGGGGACAUCGGUGGGCAGAUGGGCUUGUUCAUUGGAGCCAGUAUCCUGACAUUCUUAGAAAUACUGGAUUACAUCUAUGAGGUGAUCAAACACCGGCUACAACGUCUGCUGAGGCCGCAGAAAGACGACAAGAAGAACAAACAGCAGACCAGCACUGUAGCAACAGUGGGUCUGGAGGAGAUGAAAGCAAAGGAGCCCAAUGACAUGACGCGGAGUCAUCCGGAGGGGGCGUACGCCAACACCAUCCUGCCCAUGAACCACCACCCCCACCCCCACCACCAUCACACAGGGCACCAUGGAGUGUUUGAGGACUUCGCCUGCUAGAGCCGACCAUCAUCUCCAGUCCUGGUGACACCAAAAGAUCAAAGUGUGUGUGUGUGGUUCUCGCUAACAGAGCCUCGGCGUUUCUUGUCAGUCCUUUGUUGUCACCAGUGAAAAAGCUACAGCCAAAG